AUGGGUGGCUUCAAUGCCUGGGCGAAGGAUGGCAAGGGCAAGCCACCCCGCCAUUUUGACCAGGAAACCUUCAUGGUGGACAACUCGGAGCUACGGUCCGAUGCCCGGGGCAUUUUCUACCGGAAGAGCAUGAGCCUGGUGGACAAGGACCGGAAGAUUGCAGAGUUCAAGUCGGUCGUGCGAGGCAUGGUCUGUGGUCAAUGGCUGCAAGUGGGGGACCUCUACCUGCCGAUGGAGGUGAACGGCAAGCGAGUUCUGCUGCAAGCGUGGUGGUCACAGGACCGCGACGACUCACCGGUGGAGAAGCACUUGGAACGCCGGGAGCUGCAGCUUUCCGCGGCCGAGAGCCAGAAAGCGGAGCGGCCGCAGCCGUUGCCGGAGCCGAACUUCGAGAGCCCGCCAGAGGUUCGGCCCCUGACCCGUGGGAGCGGCACGCUCUACGAGGUGGUGUGUGAUCGCCUGAUCAUCCGCACGGCCCCGCACCCCAAAGCCCCCAUGCAGGGCACCAGGAGGCGCGGACAAGUGUUGGAGCUCUUUGACUGGGACAAACUACGCGAGAUGCGGCGCCUGAUGACGCUGCUGGGCCCCGCGUGGGUGGCCCUGGAUAGCGCAAAUGGACCGCAGCUGAGGCCCAAAGGUUUGGCCCACGGGCAUGUGGAUCCCCUGUGCCAAGCUGCGCGAGAAGGCUGCGUGCAGGACCUGCACCGCUUCAUUUCCGAGGGCCUGGACGUGAACUCGGGGGACGUGUCGCCGCUGAUGCUGGCGGCGCAGCGGGAGGGCUGGCAGGGCUUGGUGUGCUGCGUGCUGCUGCUGGAAGCCGGCGCCGACCCGAAGCGCUCAACGGGUGACCCGGAGAAACUGGCGGACCUGGAGCGCCGGAAGAGAGCGGCGGUGGAGGCGGAGGAUUUUCAGCAGGCAGCCCACCUCAAGGAGGAGAUACAGCGCCUCAAGGACGCGGAAACAACGCAGCGGCUUGGAGGCACCGCGGGGGCGCAGCUCCUGGCGGCACUCGAGCGGGACGCGGACGUCUCCUUCCACGAGAUCUUCGAGGAGGUUCGCGGCAUGGACGCGCCCUGUCAAAACCUGCCGCAGCGCGUGCAUCGCUUGCUGGAGGUGCACCAGCCAGAGCGGGAGCCGCUUUCGCCGCCGACACCGGCGCCGCCGAAACCGGGGCCGGCGUCUCCGCCGCCGGGCGCUUCGGCAGUGUGUGAGAACGAGGAGUCGUGGCUGGCCACGCCACUGGCGGCGCGCCGGCAGGGUGCGGUGUACCGGGUGGCGGCAGAGAAGGCCUGGGUCUACGAAAAGCCCUCCACCAGUGCGGAGCUGCUUGGGCUUCUGCGGCAGCAUCAGCUGCUGGAGAUCUUGGACUACGACCUACCCAGAUCCUUCGGGCGCGUGGUGGUGGAGCAGAACGGCGGCCGAGAAAGCGGCUGGGUAUUGCUGGAGGAUGAGUUCCUGGGCCCGUUGCUGAAGCCCUUUCGCGGCUAG